GAAAGUUUAUUUGCUGCUGAAUGAAAAAAAACUGUAUAAAAAGUCGAGGAACAAAAAGGCUCUAAAGCGUUUAUUUACACAGUCCACAUCCUUUAUUGAAAUGUCUAUCCAGCUUAUCCGAAAGGCUGUCCCUGAAGCUGAUGAGGCUAUUAUUGAAUACAUUGAUGGAUAUCUGCGUGAAAAUGACUUCGAUGAGGAUGAGGAUGCUGUUUCCGACUUCAUUAAGCCUAUUUUAUUAGAUGCUGGAGGAGAAGAAGAUAAAAUUGACGAACUAUGUGAACAACUCUCCGAUUUGUUACAAGCCAAGCAAAAAGCAGCAGCACCUAAACAGUUAUCUAAGCUAGAACACUCCAUUACCAUGGCUAACCAAAGUGGCCUUUCCUCUACUACCAACCUUGGUCGAGGAUCUGUUGAUUUAGAGCACGCUUCAGGGCGACGUGUUCAAUCGCAAGUUAAUCAAGAUAAGCUGCGUAAAGCUGAAGCCAAAAUUGCAGCCAAAAUUGCCAAGCGUCAAGAAAAGAGUAAUUUGAAGAUUCAGUACGAGGCAUCUCGUUUAUUAGACGAGCAAAAGGCUUUACAAGAAGAAUACAAAUUAUACAACCCUAUUUUGGAUUACACAUCAACCAAAGGCAAAAACAAAGAUAUUAAGAUUGACAACUUUGAUAUUUCGUUUGCAGGUCGUCGUAUUUUGACAGAUGCUAGCUUGACGAUUGCAUUUGGCAGACGUUAUGGUGUAGUUGGUAAAAACGGUAUUGGUAAAUCUACUUUGUUGAGAGCAAUCUCUCGUCGUGAAGUAGCUGUACCUCAGCAUAUUUCUAUUCUUUACGUUGAACAAGAAGUACAUGGUGACGAUACGCCUGCCAUUGAAAUGGUCUUACGUGCUGAUGUAUGGCGUGAACAUUUACUCGAAAAGGAACGUGAUUUAACCGCUCAGAUCAAUGCUUUAGAUUCAGCGGAAGGAGACUUGACAGAAGAGGAGAAGAAAGCAAAUGAGGCAAAGAGAUCUAGUCUAGAUACUGAAUUGAAGGAGGUGUUUAGCAAACUUGUCGAAAUUGAAAGCGAUAAAGCCGAAAGUAAAGCCUCUGCAAUUUUGGCUGGUCUUGGUUUUGAUACCGAGCAACAAAAGAGGCCCACUAAGGAAUUUUCCGGUGGUUGGAGAAUGAGAAUAUCGCUUGCUCGUGCUUUGUUCUGUAAGCCUGAUGUAUUAAUGCUUGAUGAACCGGAUAAUAUGUUGGAUAUCCCUGCAAUUGUUUGGUUGGAAAAUUACUUACAACACUGGCCCAAUACAUUACUUGUGGUUUCUCACGACAGAGAAUUUUUGGAUGAAGUGGCAACUGACAUCUUAUACAUGCACUCUGAAAAAUUGGACUAUUAUAAGGGUAAUUUUUCCAAUUUUUGGGGUACUAAAGAGGAACGUCGUAGAAAUCAACUCAAGGAGUAUGAAUCACAACAAAUGUAUCGUAAACAUCUUCAAGAAUUCAUCGACCGUUGGAGAUACAAUGCUAAGCGUGCACCUCAAGCACAAGCAAGAAUCAAACUCCUCGAAAAACUACCUGUUUUGGAGCCACCGGAAGAUGAAGAAGUUGUUACCUUCUCUUUCCCUAACCCAGAGCAAUUGUCUCCGCCUAUUCUACAGAUGUCAGAAGCGACAUUCGGAUAUGUGCCAGAAAAAACUAUUAUCCGCAAUAUUAACAUUGACGUUAGGAUGGACUCCCGCAUUGCUGUGGUAGGUCCAAAUGGUGCUGGUAAAUCCACCAUGUUGAAGUUAUUGACAGAAGAAAAUAAACCUACCUCUGGUAUGGUGCACCGAAAUGGUCGUCUUCGUGUUGCUUACUUUACCCAACAUCACAUUGAUCAGCUUGAUUUGACCAAGAACGCUGUCGCCUUUUUGGCUGACAAAUUCCCAGGAAGGACAGAAGAAGAAUAUCGCCGUCACUUGGGCUCAUUCGGUAUCACUGGUAUGGUCGGUUUACAAGUGAUGAAAACACUAUCUGGUGGUCAAAAAUCACGUGUAUCUUUUGCUACUCUUAGUUUACAGAACCCUCAUAUUUUGGUUCUUGAUGAACCGACUAAUCAUUUGGAUAUGGAGUCUAUGGAUGCCUUACAGGAAGCGCUAAAGAGAUUCACAGGUGGCGUCAUUAUUGUUUCUCACGAUGAAAGAUUCAUCAAUUCCGUAUGCAAUGAAAUUUGGAUUUGUGAAGGCGGUGUGUUGAAGAAGUUCUCUGGUACUAUCAAGGAGUAUAAACAGCUUAUCUGUCCCAAGGAAGCGCCUUAGCUUUUUAGAGUUUGCUUUGAAAGCAUUAUACAUUAUAAAUUCUCGUUGAUGUUAAUAAAUAUGCCCUUUCUCUUUAUUGUAAAUAACAA